ACCGUCAUAGUUUUACUAUAUGGUGUUUCACGUAUCCCAUUCCCUAGGUUUCCCCUCGCCUGCUUACGUCUUUGGCGGCCAGGAAGGCUUCCGCUUAGCUCCGCCCACCUGGCCGGUACACAGUUUGCGUAGCAGUCGUCUUCCCAGCGCGAGCGAGCGGAGGCAGUCGGUUCGCUCCAUGCGGCUGAUUGGUGGCCGCUUCUGGUGACGUGAGCGGCCUGCCCUGGCCGAACAGGAGGCACUUCGGGCGGCUUCGGGAGCUACGCGAGACCCCGGCUUUGAGGCCUAGUAAGGAAGGCUCUGAACUGAAAAGAAAAUGUCUCUCUAUGAUGACCUGGGAGUGGAAACCAGUGAUUCCAAAACAGAAGGCUGGUCCAAAAACUUCAAACUAUUGCAGUCUCAGUUGCAAGUUAAAAAAGCCGCACUUACCCAAGCAAAGGUACUGCAGCAGUUUGAGUCAGAGGACAAAGCAGAGCACAGUCCUUGCUCCGGUGAUUGACCUGAAACGAGGCAGCGCUUCCGAUGAGCGACAGAUUGUGGACACCCCACCGCAUGUGGCAGCUGGCCUGAAGGACCCUGUUCCCAGCGGCUUUUCUGCAGGUGAUGUAUUGAUCCCUCUGGCUGAUGAGUAUGAUCCGAUGUUCCCCAACGAUUAUGAGAAAGUGGUUAAACGCCAGCGAGAAGAAAGGCAGAGACAGCGGGAGCUGGAGCGGCAGAAAGAGAUAGAAGAAAGAGAAAAGAGACGCAAAGACAGGCAUGAGGCAAGUGGAUUCUCUAGACGGCCGGAUCCAGAUUCCGAUGAAGAUGAAGACUACGAAAGAGAAAGAAGGAAGCGAAGUAUGGGAGGAGCAGCUAUCGCACCUCCGACAUCUUUGGUCGAGAAGGACAAAGAACGAGUUGAGACGAGAAGAGAAAAAAACGGGAAAGAAGAGAAGCAACCGAAGAAAAAGAAACAAGGAACGGGAGAGAGGAGAAGAGAUGAGAAAAGAGCUGUGCCGAAUUUCCCAUACGAAGAAGAGUCCAGGCCCCGCAGUUCAUCUUCCAAAGCAGCCAUUCCCCCUCCGAUGUACGAUGAGCCUGAACGACCUCGGUCACCGACGGGCCCCAGCAAUUCCUUCCUUGCGAACAUGGGAGGCACAGUGGCACACAAGAUAAUGCAGAAAUACGGCUUCCGAGAGGGCCAGGGACUUGGGAAGCAUGAGCAAGGCUUGAGCACGGCGCUGUCGGUUGAGAAAACCAGCAAGAGGGGAGGCAAAAUCAUUGUUGGCGAUGCUGCUGACAAAGCAGAUGCAUCCAAGAAAUCGGACUCAAACCCCUUAACAGAGAUAUUGAAGUGCCCCACCAAAGUGGUGCUGUUAAGGAACAUGGUCGGGGCUGGGGAGGUUGACGAGGAACUUGAAGGCGAAACCAAGGAAGAAUGUGAAAAAUACGGCAAAGUCGGGAAGUGCGUCAUCUUUGAGAUUCCAGGCGCUCCUGAUGAUGAAGCCGUAAGAAUAUUUUUAGAGUUUGAGAGGGUGGAAUCAGCAAUAAAAGCUGUGGUUGACCUGAAUGGAAGGUACUUCGGGGGCCGAGUUGUGAAGGCCUGCUUCUACAAUCUGGACAAAUUCAGAGUGCUGGAUCUCGCCGAGCAAGUCUGAUUUUCCCACGCCCUCCCCCAAGCCAAGGACUCGUCGCUGUUUGGAAUCACAUUUUUUUCCUCAGCUGCAUGCUGAGAACUGGACAAGGGGGUGGCAUCUCUUCCAAAAACUGAAAGAAAUCCCGUAAUGGUUUUUUUUCCUAUCUGUUGCGAUGGACAUAAUUUUUUUUUUGAAUUUUUACUGUGCUAUAAAAUUCCUUUAAAGUA